GUUUGAUCUUGCUCUUCUACCUAGUUUUUUAUGGGUUUCUGGCUGCACUCUUCUCAUUCACAAUGUGGGUUAUGCUUCAGACUCUGAACGAUGAGGUUCCGAAAUACCGUGACCAGAUUCCUAGUCCAGGACUUAUGGUUUUUCCAAAACCAGUGACUGCAUUGGAAUAUACAUUCAGUGUGCUUGAUCCAAGUUCCUAUCAAGUGUACACUGAAGACCUUAAGAAGUUUCUAAAGUCAUAUAGUGUGGAAGAACAGAAGAAUCUCACAGUCUGUCCCGAUGGAGUACUUUUUGAACAGAAGGGUCCAGUUUAUGUUGCAUGUCAGUUUCCUGUUUCCUUACUCCAAGAAUGCAGUGGUUUGAAUGAGACCGAUUUUGGCUAUCCCCAAGGAAACCCUUGUAUUCUUGUGAAGAUGAACAGAAUAAUUGGAUUAAAGCCUGAAGGUGAACCAAGGAUAGAAUGUAUUUCAAAGGGUGAAAACACAGCAGCUAUAUCAACUUAUCCUAAUAAUGGAAUUAUAGACUUAAAGUAUUUUCCAUAUUAUGGGAAAAAACUGCAUGUUGGGUAUCGACAGCCUUUAGUUGCUGUCCAAGUUCACUUUGAUCGUAACAACACUGGGAAAGAAAUAACAGUGGAGUGCAAGAUUGAUGGAUCACCCAACCUAAAAAGCCAGGAUGACCGUGACAAGUUUUUGGGACGAGUUGUGUUCAAAAUCACAGCACAUGCAUAGUAUGAGUAGGAUAUCUCCACAGAGUCAAUGUUCUGUUGUCUGUCUGCAUUUUGUAUCAGCUGGACCUGCCAUUCUAGAAUUACUAGAUCGCCUGGGAGAAAGGUGGUGGCUGCAUGACACCGGGGUAACAUCAUAAUGUGCUUCCAGAUCAUAGUGUUCAGUGUCCUCCGAAGUAACUGCCUGUUGCCUCUGCUGCCCUUUGAACCAGUGUACCGUCGCCAGAUAGGGACCUCUGAACACCUGAUCGUGAACAUGUAGAAUGGGGGUCUUGUCCUCUUUUUAUGUGGUUUAAUUGCCAAAAGUCUAAAGCUUAAUGUGCUGUGCUAUGUAAAUAUUUUAUGGAUUUAACACUGGUUAACUGUCAUAUUUUGAUGCCAACAGAGUUUUAGGGAUAAAAUGGUACCUGGCCAACAUCAAGUGACUUUAUACCUGCAAGAAAGGUGUGUGGAGAAGUUCUGUAUGUGAGGAAGAAAAAAGAAAAUAAAAGUGGAUUUGAAAGUGUUAUCUUGGAUUUUUUGUAAAAUUAUUUUUUACAUGCUGAAUUAGUGCGUGGACCUUUUUGAUUCAAAGCACAAACUUUCUGUUGUAAAACAUGUUUAAAAAACUGAUGGAAUUGUUUUUAGUGCUAAAACUAUAAGUCUGUUGUAGGUUAAAGUAUUUUAGACCAUAGGUGAAACAGCAUUUUUAGGUUAUUCAUAUGCACCUAAUUUUUUAUGAAAUUAAAUUCAUAAGACUUAAAUUGUACAGUAGUUUGUGAAAUAUCUUGUUACUGCUUUUAUUUAGGAAACCAUGGACUCUAAUAAAAGAUAUAAAUUAUGAAAUAUAAAAA